UAAGUAAAAGUGAAACUUAACUCACAGUAGAGGAGAAAAGAGACACGUAGGACGUCGUCUGGUCGAACGAUUUUACUCUUUGCUGAUUUAUCUUCUAAAAACAUAAACAUGUCAAACAGCAAGAGAAUUGUCCUCCUGGGGAAAACUGGAGUUGGGAAAAGCAGCGUGGCUAACACCAUAAUUGGAAAGCCACUGUUCAAGAUUGGACACUCUGUGAACUCUGAAACUAAAGAAUGUCAAUCAGUCACUGAAUCUGUCAACGGAAGAAACAUCACUCUGAUUGACAGUCCUGGUUUCUUCGACACAGAUCAACCUGAGGAGGAGAUGAAGUCUGCAAUAUUGAGGUGCAUCACAGAGUUCGCUCCUGGGCCUCAUGCCUUUCUCAUUGUGCUCAAAGUGGAGAGAUUCACAGAGCAGGAGCAGGCCGUCAUCGCUAAAAUGCACCAAUACUUUUCUGACGAAUUUUUCCCGUUUGCGACAGUUCUCUUCACUCAUGGUGACCAGCUCAAUGGACAGACCAUUGAGAGCUUUAUCCGUGAUAAUAAGCUUGUGAUGGAGCUGGUGAAGAAGUGCGGAGGCCGCUGCCACGUCAUCGAUAACAAAUACUGGAAGAACAACCCGGAGGAAGAAUACCGGAACAACCAGGUCCAGGUGAAGGAGCUCCUCAAGACAAUAGAGGAGAUGGUUGAGGCAAACAAAGGAGGAUACUACACCAAUGAGAUGCUACAAGCAGUGGAGGAAAGAAUAAAGCGGGAAGAGAAACGCAUUAGAGAUUCAGGAGGAGACAAGACAGAUGAUCAGAUCAGAAAGGAGGCUAAAGAGAACGUAGUUAAGGGGCUUUGGGUCGAACUGGCAGCUUUCACAGCAGCUGGAUUGAUUGGAGCUGUUUUUACUGGAGGGGGUGCCCUCUUAGCUGUUCCAAUUGUGGCAGCAGGGGGCGCUGUCGUGGCAGCAGGGGCCGCCGCGGCAGCAGGGGCCGCUGUCGUGAAAGCAGUGCCCGCUGUCAUGGCAGCAGGGGCCGCUGUCAUCGCAUGGUGUAAGGGCGUGUUUUAGGGCAAUUACUGGUGUAAAGUCCUAAUUGCUCUCUAACAUCUGUCGUGUGCGCGGUGGCAGGAGGUGCUGCAGGAUGUUGUAGAGGGAGCAGACACACUGUCGGAAGCAGCAGAGAGGUCAGCGAAGGUCGUCAUUGAUGGAAGCAAAUCUACUUCGGACGAAGUAAAACAUUGUUUGAGUUAAGAGAGUUUAAACCUGUAAUGAGCUCCGGCUCUUGGAGAGUUAGUUAAAAAGUCACAUCUCCCAAUGAAUUGCAUGACAAUCUUGUUCUAAACAAUAUUUCACCACAGAGUAUUAUGGUUAAUCACAAGUAAUAUGUACUUAUUAUUCAUAAGAUUCAUCGCCAUUUAAUAUGAAUUAUCUUCGAUGAAUUCUGAUUUAUUUCUUUUUUUUGAGCUACGAGUGUUUUGUUCUCAUAUAUCAAUAUAUUCUUCACAAUUAAUUUAUCUUUAAGUUCAAUGAUGACAGCCGUAAAGUGUUUUUCUUUCAUAUAUCAAUAUGUGAUAACGUGUUUUUUGUUGAUUGAAUGAUAAGAAGUAAAUAAGUGAACACUUGGUUCACCUGAUCAUUUUGAAAUGUAAACUUUUGACAUUUUGUCUUUUCUUUUACUUAAUUAGCAACAUGAUUCAUCUUUGUAACCAUUUAUCUUCAAAACAAAUAAAACUGGUUUGUAUUCUGUACAUUCCAACCAAA